AUGCAAGAAGCGUUGGUCUCGAGCUCUAAAGAUGAUGACGACGACACCGAUGAUGAUGGUGAUGCUCCUGCGAUGAACACGCGGCCAAUACCCUGCAUUGGAUAUCAGCGCUUUUGCUGCUGUCACUGGCAUCCAGUGCCAUCGCCGGAGAUUACCACACCAGCGUCACUGAAACAGCUGCCCUCCAUCAGCGUGUCCCAUGCCGACAACACAGCUGCUGUGACCACCGGCCAUGCAGCUCUGACUAGUGUGCAAGGUGAUGUUCAUGCUGGUGUGCAGGCCAUUACAACGGGCACGGCUCCAGGUGGUUCUGUACAGGUGGCACCAGCAGCCACGACUGUGCAUGGCGACUCGACAGUGACGGCUGUUCACGGUGACAGUACAGGCGUGACAUCCGUUCAUGACGUGCCGGCCGCGCACGCUCUUUACGGCGCUCCUGUUUUCGGCACCAAGCCCACUUCGGUCUCCGGUGCACCGGCUGCUGUGAGCACCAGUCAUGGUGCCUCGACGAGCGUCACCAACGUGCACGCUGCUCCAGCUGUAUCCACUCCGGCCAUCGGGACGCUGCAGACUUCUGUGGUAGGCAUCCCAACUCUGGGCACUGCUCACGCUUCGCCGACUGACACGACCACAAAAACCGAUGCAUCGGCUGCUACAACAGUGCAAAGCUCUCCAGCUGAUGCUUCCAAGGUCACUACCACUACUGCGUAUCCUGCGCCUGUGGUGCCAACAUACCAGGAUCCCUCCGCUUACCCAGUUUACUACAAUCCGCAGCCAGCGUUCAAUCCGUACUACCAACCCUUCCCCUUUGUCAACGCUGGUGGUGCAUCGGGCUCGAAGACUGUCUACGAAUUACCAUACGUGCAGAGCGUGUAUCAACCUCCUCAGAGUAACGCGGGAUACUAUCAGCCAUUCCCUUACUCAGGUUAUGUGCCCGGAUUUGGUAGGCCAUCAACAUACCCGACGUCUCAAGUGUUUCCUGCCUACUCUGCGUCACCAGCUACGGAAGCCCACCACACUGGCUCCGUGACUGCUAUGAAGGAUCCGUCCGUUACCAAGUCUACAAUGAUCGGCAAUUACCAGGCUUCUCCCGUUGCUUCACUUAUGUACCGCGACUCCGCUCCAGCUGUCUCGGGUGAUCACAUGACACCUGGAGUCGCAACCGCGCACAACACGUACCAGGCUGCUCCAGGUACUGUCAUGGUUCACUCCACCCCGAGGCACAACGACUGCACACUCAGCUCCAGUCGUGAGUGCUGCUUCGCCCACCUACAUGGCUGCUCCCGAAGCUGGUUCCCCUCACACCGGUCAAGUUGUGGCCUCCACUUACCAGGCGGUUGACCACACCGUUCCCAACAUUCACCAAGCUCCAGCUGUAAGCACCUUUCCCGAUGUCCAAGCAUUUCCAUCCUACCACACUGUUCCCGCAGCGGCUCGAGUGGAAAAAGUAGACACGUACCAGCCGUCCCAGGUCAUUGGCGCGGUUACACCCGUUCACGUCAUCCGUUACCUCUGUUCACGAGGCCGCCCCUGCAGUGCCUACGCUGCACUCAGCAACUCCAGCUGUUGCCACUGUUCACUCGACCACUCCAGCAGAGACAGCUGUUCACGAGACUGGUCCUGCCAAGGGCAGCUUGCAUGUCGCUUCACCAGGAGGGACUACGGCCACAUUUCACGAAGGUGCCCCAGCUGUCGCGACGGCACACACCACCGCACCUGCCGUGACUGGUGUUCACGAGCUUGCUCCAUCUUUGGCUAGCGUCCAUGCCACCCCAGUAGCUUCACUGUCACCAGCUAGCGUAACAAGCGUCGGCGCACAUCAUUUUGUUCCAUCCGUGACCACUGUUCCUGGUACCAGCACUGGACUCCCCGCGCCAGAGGCUAUCCACACAGCUCCUGCGGUAGCCACAGCGUAUGGGGCUGGCCCGACGUUGACGGGUGUCCAUUCUGGCCAGCCCUUCACUGCAGGGGUACGGCGUUGAACCAGCCUUUGACCAUGUUCCUGCGUAUGGUUAUGGUGUGCAAAACCUCGGUUAUGGUGUGGCUCCCUUUGCUGCUGAACUUAGCUACGCGUUCCCACACUACGGGCUCAACUACGCCUAUGGCCUUGGCCCCAUCGAUUACAGCACACUACUCCUCCGUCGUAGAAAGAAAUAAACCAAAAAUGACAUCUACCAUCGAAGUCAUCCAGAUCAUCCCGCAUUUCACCGUACAGUCUUCAACUUCUUGGAAGAGGCUCACCUAUCACCGCCUGUGAACCAAAACAUUCCGAACAAGAGCAAAAUAUGCUGCUAGUGGUGGUUGAAUAAAUUUUUACCAUAUGUGA